AUGUCCGUUAACAUUUGUAGAGACAACCAUGAUCCAUUCUACCGUUAUAAAAUGCCUCCAAUCCAGGCCAAGGUGGAAGGUAGAGGUAACGGUAUCAAAACAGCAAUUCUGAACGUGGCUGACAUCGCCCAUGCGUUGAACAGACCUGCUCCAUACAUCGUCAAGUACUUCGGUUUCGAACUGGGUGCUCAAACUUCUAUUUCCGUCGACAAAGAUCGUUAUUUGGUUAACGGUGUUCACGAACCUGCUAAGUUGCAAGACGUGUUGGAUGGGUUCAUCAACAGGUUUGUUCUUUGUGGAAGUUGUAAGAAUCCAGAAACCGAGAUCAUAAUCACCAGGGAUAGCGAUUUGGUCAGAGACUGUAAGGCUUGUGGUAAGAGAACUCCAAUGGACUUGAGACACAAACUAUCGUCUUUCAUUUUGAAGAACCCACCUGAUUCCGUUUCCGGCUCCAAGAAGAAGAAGAAGGCAGCCACAGCUUCCGCCAAUGUCCGUGGUGGUGGGCUAUCCAUUAGUGAUAUUGCUCAAGGUAAAUCUCAAAACGCUCCUUCGGAUGGCACUGGUUCAUCCACUCCACAACAUCAUGACGAGGAUGAAGAUGAGUUGUCGCGUCAAAUUAAGGCCGCUGCUUCCACUUUAGAAAAUAUCGAAGUCAAAGAUGACGAAUGGGCCGUUGAUAUGUCUGAAGAAGCCAUCAGAGCUCGUGCCAAAGAACUAGAAGCUAACUCUGAACUCAGCCAAUUAGAUGAAUACGGUGAAUGGAUCUUAAACCAAGCUGGUGAAGACAAGGAAAACCUUCCAUCUGACGUGGAACUAUAUAAGAAGGCCGCUGAACUAGAUAUUUUGAACGAUCCAAAAAUUGGUUGUGUCUUGGCCCAAUGUCUUUUUGAUGAAGAUAUCGUAAACGAAGUCGCUGAACACAAUGCAUUUUUCACUAAAGUUUUGGUCUCUCCGGAAUACGAGAGAAACUUUUUGGGUGGUAUUGAAAGAUUCUUAGGUUUAGAACACAAGGACUUAAUUCCAACAUUACCCAAAAUUUUGGUUCAGUUAUACAACAAUGACAUCAUUUCAGAAGAGGAAAUCAUGAGAUUUGGUACCAAAACAUCCAAGAAAUUCGUACCUAAGGAAAUAUCCAAGAAGGUUCGUAGAGCUGCGAAACCAUUCAUUACAUGGUUGGAAACCGCUGAAAGUGACGAUGAUGACGAGGAAGAAGACAAUGAAUAG